AGUCUGCUGGUCGAUUAUCAUUAAGACUAUGAAUAUGAAGGCACCGGCACCCCCACCACCAGGUUCUAUUCAAAAUGGUGUCACAUAUGAAAUUGAUUGUAAUGAUCAGAAAACUCUUUCUACAUACAAUGCCAUUGUUUACAACAUGGACAAUACCAAGAAAUGGCAGCCAGUGCUAAAUAACUAUGUGACAAUUUUUGUUAUUGAUCAUUAUGGAGAGGAAUUGAAGGACAGAUAUAGUGUUGACAUUGUUGGGCAAAGAAAAAAGAUCAUGGAGUACAAAAUGUCAUCAUCAACUAAAAUAAAAUGCAAAGAUUCAUUUGUUAGAUUGCAUAAUGAGUUUGCAACAAUUGGAGCAAAAUUCACCAAUCAAGAGAUGGCAUCCAAGUUUAACCAACAAAUGUUAGAUCUGGUGACAGAACUUGCUCCAUAUGCUAAAGUCAAUAAAGAAAAAAUGACCGAAUUGGACUCACAAGGAAGGGAAAAACAAGGACUAGCAGUUGAUGCUGUCAGUUUGCCAGCUGCUGAAAAGGAUGUAUCAGUGAUCAACAUUCAGAUUUCACCAACAGAUACGACACAAUUCAAAGCAACUACAGAUAUGUCAUUGAAAGAAGUUCUACAGGCAGUAUGCAAAAUACAUGCACUUGAAAUUAAUAGUGGAAUAUUCCAGUACACAGACAUAAAAGAUUCAUCAGUCACAUUAUCGACGACAGUUGGUGAACUCAAAAGCAGGAAUCUGAAGUUGGUAGUGAUUCAAGACCGUAAAAAAAGUGUCGAAUCGUCCUCAAAGCCUGACAGGGCAGAGAAGAAGGGUCGUUUUAGCGCUCUGUUUGCAAAAAGUAAAAGUGAUGUCAAACCAGUAGAUAAUUUUAAAGAUAAUGGAGACCUUAGACUUCAUGUCGAUGACCCUGUUUGGCGUGCAUUUUUGGAUCUAGCGAACCUUCAUGUGAGUGAGCUUGCUAAUCCCCACGUGUGUUCAGUUAUCGAAUCAUUUGUUUAUGAGAGAGGAGGAUAUUCUUAUCUUCGGCAAGUCAACGAUCAAAAAAUGUCACCUCAACUAGCGGAUGAUUUAAAUGUUUUGGCUGGUCAAGUCCAUAUGAUAAGCCCAAGUCCGGAAGCACCACCGGUUGCAUCUUUUGAAAUGACUCGAUCCACGUCAUUGGAGAACUUAAUCGGUUCUCCAUCCAGCUCUGAUACAUCUACAUUAGAGAGAAAGAAAAAUAAGCGACGUGCUCCGCCACCGCCUAGUAGUUCAAAACCAAAUAUCUCGGAAGCUGAUGAUAGCGGACCAGCAUACGCCGACAUCAAAGAAAUUCAGAACGCUGUUACUGCCUCUCCAAACGGGAAGCGAAGAGCUCCAACUGCACCAGGACUGGUACCAAACUUUGCUGAUAAUAUAAAAUCAUCUCCAGUAGGUAAGAGAAAAGAAGAUAAACCUCCCCCAAUAUUUGUACCUCCACCCCCACCGGACGAUCCGCCACCAGAAGACGCUUCGUCACCAGUUGGCCCGCUAUCUCCCGAACCAGCGUACGCUUCUGUUAAUAAAACGAAGAUUGAUCAACUAUCGAAAGAAAUCGAAAAAAACGAGGAGAAGUUAGCUCUUGAUGAUUUGGACAGAAUGUUAAGUAUGGAGGAUAAGGAUGAUGAGGAGGUAGAUAAUGAUGACAGCAAAAGAGAUGACGCACCAGAUGACAAAAAACCUAGUGCGUCAGCCGUAGUUACAAAGAGUGCAGAUAAAGUUGUCAAAAUGGAAAGUAAGGAGUCGUCACCAAUUCCUCAAAAAGCUGAGCGAGUGAAAAAACAGAAAAAGAAGUUGGAUUUGACGGAUGAUUCGAAAAAGGAGAUAACAGAGACGAAAGCCAAGACUGUCGAAAUCAAAAGUGCACCGCAAGUGAUAGAUGCGCCACAAGUGGUUAACGCACCUGCAGAGCAAUUGGUAGACAUUCAGAAACGAUUGGAGGUAGCAGAAAGCCUUCAAAAUUCCCAACAACAGCAAUUAAUACUGCAACAACUACUGCAGUUGCAGAUGCAAGUCUUACAACAACAGCAAAUGUUAUCAGCAGCAGGUUUACCUGUUCCUGGAACAAAUAUUAAUCCAUUACAAUCAUCAAAUACAUCGACGCAACUAAUAAAUCCAACAUUUAUACCGCCUCAUCCAAUGGUGCAGCCAACACCGCCUCCAAUGCAACCACAAGCGUCUGCGAAUCUGCUGCCAGCUCAUACCAAUGCUUCUGCUUCACCUGCUGUAACGACUGCCGCGACUCCGGUAGUACAUUCAGCACCUUUGUUGGAUGUUAUACCGCCUAGACCUGAUUAUUCGCCUCCCUCUGUACCGAAAACCACUCUAACAAAAGUCUCUUCAGAACUUCCGUCUAAAGAAGAUUCCGUCUCAGCAAACAAACCAACCGGGUCACCUACCAAACCAAAACCAGCAGUUGCAAAAGAUCCCACUCCGCAGAAAAAACCUCCAAGUGGAUUAUACGCUAAACUGAAAGCUAAGACUGCAUCAAACAGUAGUAUAUCAACCAGUCAAAACGCAGCAACUGCGAAGGCAAGUGAAUUACCAUUAAAAAAACAAAGUGUACAAUCGCCACUGUCAGAUCAUACGGAUGGUGAUAAAAAACCUGAUAACGAAAUUUCUGCAGUGGUAGAUCGAGUAAACGUAACACCAACUGUCCAUGACAUUACACCUUCAACCGGAGGUGUGGCAACACCAAGACUUGCCACCACGUCUCCUGAAGUGAAAAGGCUGGAGCCUAAAUCUGAACCAAAAGUCGAGAUCCUUACCACAGAAUUGCUCGAGGAGACUUCCUGUAAAAAUAAUGUUGAAGCAACAAUACCAGCGAUCUCUGUAAUUCCGAAAACAAGUAAGCAGCAGCCUUCGCCUGCCAUAGCUGUUGUAUCAUCCAAACCUGCUCAAGAUAUAUCGAAACCGGAUCCUGCCACUGUAUCAUCCAAACAGACUGAGGGCAUUUUAAUGUCGAAGCCUGUCACUGCAUCACCCAAACCGACUGGGGAAAUUUUAAUAUCGGAGCCAGUCGUUGUAUCAUCCAAACCGACAGGUAACAUUUUAAAAUCGAAUCCUGUAACUGCCUCACCCAAACCUACUGCGGACAUUUUAAUAACGGACCAAGUCGUCGUAUUAUCCAAGCCUACUGAAGAUUUGUCGAAAUCGAUUUCUGUCACUGCAUCAACCAAGCCGACUGAGGACGUUUUAAUAUCAGAGCCAGUCGUUGUAUCAUCCAAACCGACUGGAGACAUAUCAACUUCGAAACAAGUGGUUGCUCCAUCGAAAUUAAUUGUGGAUAUGCCAAAUACAAAAUCAGUCGAUGUACCGUCAAAAGCAGUUGAAAACAAGUCAAAGUUAGAGCCAGUUCUUGUAUCAUCCAAACCACCUAAGGACAUCGUGCCAUCCCAGCCGUUUAGGAAAGAUUUAAUCGAGUCAGCCGUAGCUCCUAUUAAAUCAAGUAAGAAUAAUUUUGGUGGUGUUUCAAGAACGAAUGACGCUGUUUUACCAUCUGUACCAAUAUCGGACUCAGUUAUCAACUCAAGAACCAAACAGAUUUCCUCUCGGGCCAGUGCAAGUUCUGUUAUUGCUUCAUCCAGAUCACCUACGAUAGAGCCGUCAAUUGAAUCGGUUGUUGUACCAAAGAAAUUAAAAGAUCAUCCCGACACUUUAGUUGACAAUUCCCAUAAAGUUAAAUAUGUUACUGUCCAAAAAGAAAUCCCAUCGAAAAAGCAAAUUAAACCAGAGUCUGACAAAAAGAAAGACCAAAGAAAAUUUGAACCAGACGGAUUGGUAGUUUUGCCAUAUAAUCUCAAAACGACAGAAAAAAAUUCUAAAAAUACUGUAAAUAGACCAGAAUCUCAUUCCAAUGAUGUAUUUAAAGUUGAACAACCAAAGAAGCAAAAACAGGAGCUCUCUAUGAAUGCAAAAGUUGUGAAAAAGCCACCACUUGAGCAAACUAUGCAUCUAGAAGCGAAGAAACCUACGAAAGAACAACAAAUUGUAAACAAAAAUUCCCAAAAUAAGGCUGUUAAAGGAGAACCACCCAAGAAUCACUCUAAUGUUAUCAACUGGCAGCCUCCGCCUAAAACCAACACUGUCGUAAAACAAACUACAACCACAGAAAAGACUGAGAACGUUACAAAACAUAAUAUACUGAUGGAAUCUCCCAGGGAUCGACUCAUUCGAAAUAUAAAUGAAAACGGCACGCCUGUAAUAACCAACGAGGCGGCGAUACAGUCACACAAACCGUAUGAGAAUGGCACAAGAAAAACUCAAACCUUACCUUCUCCUCGAAAAAGCGUUCCAAUUCAGAAAGAUGUUUACGAUGCAUCUGCAUUAAGGAAAAGUCAGUCUGUCGACGAAAGAGACAAAGCACCUGGCGUAAAACCGAAGCCGCAGAGACAGAGCUUUAGAGAAGAGAGUCUAUCCUUAGGUAAAUCCAAGCCUUUUUCUGCUAAUAACUCAGCGUACACUAGAAGUGUUUCUGAAGAAGCAGGGACAAGGGAAACUACCACUAUGAAAACUGUGGCUGGGCUUAAAUUGGGAUUUGUUCGUGAGAGCCAACCAGAGAUACGCUCACAAGAAACACAUUUUGUUAAGAAGUUGGUGGAAAAUAAAAAUAUGACUAGCACAGUGGACAAUGAAAUAUCCACUGCGCAUGUGCCAGAACAGAGAGACGUACAGUCACUACCCAAUGAUUACUCAAUAAAACCAAGCGAGAUUGUUCGCGCGAAAAACCACAAACAUGUCCAGCCUGAAAAACAAACUGAACUGAAUAAUAACGUAAUCAUUCCUCCAAGAGAUUACAACAUUUCCGAAGACGAAGUGACUAUACGACCGAGCGAAAUAAUCCGAGCGAGGACUGGCACGCAGGGAUUUAAAGAACCCCCUCAGACCAAACCAAAAACAAAAGUAAUUCGGACACAAUCGUCUGAAGAGCAAGAACGUAAUGUAAAACCAUCCGAACUCUUUGGACUCUCUAAAACAUUACCAAAACAGUCUAAAACGCACAGUAAUGUAUCAAGCAGGAGUAAUAUUGAUUUGCGAACGACAAGACAAUAAGUAGCUCUAUGCAUAAAGAAGUUACUUCGAUAUAAAAGGAGUGAGAUUCUGCUAAUGGCAUUUUGACCAGACUGGUGUGCAUGUAGCCAAAUUUUGUGUUUCUGUUGCACUCACGUUUUGUUAUUAAGUAUAUAUAUUUAUUGUUUUGUUUAUUCUGUUAUUUUCAUUUCGUAGUAUAUUUUUGCACACUUUUUCAAAUAAUACGGGUGAAAUAAAGAGUUAAUAUUGAGUGGACACUGAAAAUUAUUUUUUCCAUUCGUAUAAAGAAAAAGAAGCCCUUGUUGCACGGACAAGUCAAUCAGAACUUGAAGAUUUUUUUCGUAAAAUUUGUACAUUGACGUCAAUACAGCCAGUUCGUAUUUUAUGAGUGAAAUAUAGUGAAAUAUUUUAAACGAAAGCGAAUUGAUAAAAGACGCUAAUCUAUUUUUGUGCAGCUAAUCUGAUUGUUUUGUUACCUGCAACCUGAGGUUAAAUAUUCCUCAUGCUUAGGGUGGUUUAAACAAAUUACUUCUAGUUAACAAUAAAAGACAUCAACAGGAUCGAUAUUUGUGAGUAACUAUAACAAUCAUUUUUGAAUGCUAAUUUUACCUAUUAUUGUUAUUAUUGUUAUUAUUAGCACUUAUUAAUUACUAAUUAUUAAUAAGUAAAGAAUAUAUUUAUUUACCUAACCAUUUUUUAUAUUUCUAUCAACUAUAAAUAUUUCAAUUUUCCUAUUUUUAAAAAUUGGGAGUUCUUUAAAUUUUUUUGACCUUUUUGUUGUUGUUGUUAGCACUUCGCAUGCAUUUUGAAAAAUAGAUUUUCUAACGUAUUGCUAAGAUAUUCUGUAAAACAAUAUUGUUUAUUUUCGUAGAAUGUUUUUUUUUUCAAAAACAAAUGUAUUGCUCAUUUACGAUUUGCGACAGUAGAAAGAAACCAUGUUACGAAUUACGUCGCAUAUUUCGACAAAGCAGCUAAACUAAUAUCUUCUCGAAAAUUCGUAUUUUCUUAAUUUUUGAUCCUUUUUUAAUCACAGACUAAAAGUCCUGGGUACGAGAUUGUUCAUGCAGGACAGCGAAUCAUCUUAAUUUUGACAUGGUGAUAACCUUGCAAAACGCAAGUGAGCUUAUUUAACUAUUUGUAUCCUCAUUUAGUUGAAUACUAUAUCGAGUUAAAAAAUUGUAUUGUAUUG